AUGAAUUCAUCCGCAAGGAAAACACCUCAACUGGAGUUACCGUCGCCCUUUGAUCAACGACCCAAGCUCAACACGACAAGGACGGCGCACCGCUUACCUCCACCGGCACUCUUCCAGGGACCUCCAUCCAAGAAUGCCUCACAUAUCUCUCUCGUCCUACCGGGUGACCGAGGUGCGGGAUCAGACACAGAUGCACCAUCACAUCGGAUUAUGCCGCGACCAUCAGGCGUCCCACAAGCGACAUCGUUCUCGGGACCCGCACUGCGCCAGCCAGCGACCGAAGCCGACGACCACCGCGCCGAGAGUCUAUGGGCAGAGAUGCAGAAGACGCUCGCCGAUGUGGAGGUUUCAGCGAUGAAUACCUCACACGUCCUGGGUGCUUCGCACGCCAAAGCCCUUGAGGAUCUGCGAAUGGCGCAAUUGUCCCUGGCGCAUGCAUGGGCGAAAAGCGAAGCAGACGAGCUGAACAACCAUGACAACGACUCCGACGCUGAAGAAGCCGCCACCGUGGCCUCAAGCUCCUUCGGCACCAAACCCAGCCCGGGAAAGGGCAAGGCCGCCCAUGCAGAAGGGCAAACCACGGCGUUCACGAGCAAUAAGAAUCUGGAGGAGGAAACGGAGCGAGACAUCCACUUUGCACGGAAGAGGCGCGAGGCCAACGACCGCUAUUUUCAACAGGUCAAUCGUGGCGUGCUGGAUGUGGUGAACAAGCUGGACGAGGUAGCUGGUGCGAUGCGCAGGGUUGAGAGGGAGUCGAGAGAGAUCUGGGAUGAAUCUUCUGGCGAUGAGGAUGUUAGUGACAGUGAGACGGGUGGGUCUGGGACGGACCAUACGGGCUUGAUGGACAGUCCUGUCAUUGACAAAAAGGAGCGAGAAAGCUGA